CUGUUACAGAUAGAGGAGAACCAUUAGCGCAAGAGAUGUCAAACUUGUGUCUGAUCAUUGUGGUUACACAGGACGGACCAGAGGCUCCACUGGAAACAGCAGCUCUGCGCUACUACAAUUCCCAGAGCCCCGCACUCCACCACAAUCCCCUCAGAGUUGACUGCACAGAAUUCUGGGACUUGAAGUCCGAGGCCUGUUUAUCCAAGUUAGAGAAAAGGGCCUGUGGAAACAUGAAGAGGGUAAACAGCUGUGUGAAGAGUGAUGAUCAUGUCCUGGAAGAGUUAGAAACAGAAGGGGAGAGGCAGCUGAAAAGCCUCCUUCAGCAUCAACUUGACACCUCUGUCUCCAUUGAGGAAUGUGUGUCUAAGAAAGAGAGUUUUGCUCCUGGUACUAUGUAUAAGCCCUUUGGGAAGGAAGCAGCCGGAACUAUGACUUUGUCCCAGUUUCAAACAUUGCAUGAGAAGGACCAGGAAACUGCUGCUCUCAGGGAACUAGGGCUCAAUGAAACAGAAAUCUUGAUCUGGAAGAGCCAUGUUUCAGGUGAAAAGAGGACGAGACUGAGGGCAACCCCUGAAGCAAUACAGAACUGCCUUCAAGAUAUUGAAGAAAGGAUCUCAGAGCGUCAGCGCAUCCUUUGCCUGCCACAGAGAUUUUCUAAAAGCAAACAGCUGACCCGGCGAGAAAUGGAAAUAGAAAAAUCUUUAUUUCAGGGUGCUGAUCGUCACUCCUUCCUUAAAGCUCUUUACUACCAAGCAUACCACAAAAAGACAAGUGCAGACAAGUACAUGACCUCAAUGAAGAGGAAGAUAAAAUUAGGCACAAAAGAUGAACCCCAAAAGAAGAACAAAGGUGAUCCCAUGAACAACCUGGAAAAUUUUUACCAAGAGAUGAUAAUGAAAAAACGUCUUGAAGAGUUCCAACUUAUGAGAGGUGAACCCUUUGCUUCCCACUCACUGGUCUCAGCUACAUCAGUGGGAGAUAGUGACACAGCUGAGAACCCGCCAUUACUCCAGGACAAGGGAGAACAGGCAGCACAGGGUAAAGGUCCCAGUCUUCAUGUGGCAAAAGUUAUUGAUAAUUCACCUGAGCAGUGUUGGACUGGGCCUAAGAAGCUGACGCAGCCAAUAGAAUUUGUCCCAGAAGAUGAGAUCCAGAGAAAUCGUUUGUCAGAGGAAGAGAUCCGAAAAAUUCCUAUGUUUUCUUCAUAUAAUCCAGGGGAGCCAAACAAGGGCAAACUGCAACCCUGAAAUUUGGAGAGACAGGCAAUUAAAGAGAACCACAGCCCAGAUCUACUUAUUAGGAGCGGAAAGCCACAGGAGCCAUAAACUGGUAGGAAUACUUAAGUGGUAACUUUGACAAAUUGCUUAAGUCAGAGUGUAGAUUAGUGUUUGAACAUAACAGUUUCUCAAUUUGAAGAGCCAAGAAAAAAGUCUGUUCCUGGCUAGUAAUAAAUCAGAUAGUAUUCAUAAAAGCACCAUAUAUGGUAGCCAUGGUGCCUCUGAAAUUAGUCAAUAAAUACCUCCAGGAACCCCACUAGGUUCUCAAGUUGAAGAGCCAAGGAAAAAAAUCUGUUCCUGGCAUGGGGAGCAGAAAAGUAAUCAUUUUGAAAUACACCCAGAGCUUCUACAGAACAAAGGACUAUCCAACAUGUGAAACAAUUUUACCAAACCCUUCUCCACUAUGGGAGAAGGGAAAUCAUCUUACUUUAGGCCCCUCUGGUCUUCCUGUCCCAUCUGAGAGAGAGAAAAAAAGAAAACUGUGAAACACUUCUGAAGAUUACAGUCUAGGGACCCAGGCACACUGAAAGACUGAGGCUUAAUUAUAGAAUUUCAGAAUGUUUCCCUUACCCUACACCUUACCACCACAUCAACAGGGCUUUAGGAUAAUAACUAUGGUACAGCUGAAAAACCUGCAAGGCUCAGACUCUAAAAAGUUUUCAGGGAAACCCAGAGAAAACAUGGGAAACAAAAACAAGGACAUUACAAGAAAUUGAAACCUGUGACACCUACAGCUAGAGUAAACAUUAAACACAGCCCAACGCCUGGCAAGAUUAACAAAAAAAUCACGCUAACAGCCUGUUUACCUCAGAUCCUAUUAUGUUAUACAUCAUGUUUGACUUUCAACAUAGAAGAAAUUGUAAGGCAUGGUAAAAGAAAAAACAGUUUCAAGAGACAAAACAAGCAUCAGAACCAAAGUCAGAUAUGGCUCAAGUUUUGGAAUGAUUACAUUUAUAGAAUUUAACAUAAUUAAAUGCUAAAGAGUCUAUUAGAAAUAGUACACAAUAUGCAAAAACAGGUCAAGUAAACAGAAAUAGAAACUCAAAGAAAUAAUUAAAAGGAGAUGGUAGAAAUAAAAAGCACUAUAAUAGGAAUAACACUUUGAUAGGCUCAUUAGUAUACUUGGUAUGGCCAAGGAAAGAAUCAGUAAGCUUGAAGACAUGUCAGUACAAACAACCCAGACUAAAAUGCAAAGAAAAAAAGACUUAAAAAAUGGAACUAAUGUCCAAGAACUAUGGGACAAUUUUAAAAGGUGUAACAUACACAUUAUUGGAAUACCAGAAGGAUAAGAGAAAAAGGAACAGAAGAAAUUUUUGAAGUAAUGAUGGCUGGGAAUUUUUCAAAAUUACCAGACCACUGAUACAGGAUUUGAGCAGAGAACACCAAGCAGGAUAACUACCAAAGCAAAAAACAGCUAAGCAUAUCAUGUGCAAAUACCGAAGACAGAGAAAAUCUUGAAAACAGCCAGAAGAAAACCACUUUGUCUAUAGAGAAACAAAGAUAACAAUCGCAUUGGAUUUCUCAUCAGAAACCAUGCAAACAAGAAGAUAGUGGUGUCAAAUAUUUAAUAUUUAAAGUAUUGGGUGGGGGGAACCCCACCUAGCUAGAGUUCUGUAUCCAGAAAAAAUAUCCUUCAAAAGUGAAGGAAAAAUAAAGAUUUUAUCAGACAAACAGAAACAGGGAAUUUGUUGCCAGUAAACCUGCCUUGCAAGAAAAAAAAAAUUAAGUUCUUCAGAGAGAAGGAAAAUAAUAUAGGUUAGAAAAUCAGAUUCCUAUAAAGAAAGGAAGAGCUUAAAAAUGGAAUAUCUGAAGGUGAAAUUUU